CACGUCGGGCUCGCCUACGUCGAAAAUACAGGCCAGGCGAGGAAGCGGGUCGUGGAGGCUGCGCGCGUAGCCCAGUUGGAAUGUUCUAUUCUGGGGACGGACAGGGGGUGCCCGCAGUCCAGCGAUACCAGCCGGGAUCUAUCCAUCCAUCCUGCCAAUGAGGGGCCUUUUCCUAUUGGUGGCCUAAAGUCAGCUGACAGAAUGGCAUACCUGCUGGGCAAUCCAAACUGCAUGGAGAGCUUGAGGAAGGACAUCACUGAUCUACAAGGAGCCAUCAUUGAUGUCUUCUCCCGGACUGGGGCAGUACGUUAUCCGUCCUGGAAGUUUCCCAAUAAAGUGUCCUGUGAUCUGGAUCUGGUGGCUUUGCUGGAGCAUUAUGACUAUGUGGAGAAUGACCCUGAAUUUACCCAGCAUUCCCAUGUAAUGCUUCUUGAACUGGUGAUUGACAGAUCCCAAGUGUGACUGCACUGUGCAUGCCUCAUUCAGUGAACAGAAUGGACCUGCUCUGGGGAUGAAUCAGGACUGUAUAACGAAGGAGCCUGUUGUCUCAUUUGUGGAAGAAGUUGGAAGGUGUUUAGUGAGUGAGACAGAGGAUUGUGGGAAGAGAAAGGAGGGCCUCAUGGUUCAGUGAGUUGAAUGCUACCCUGGAGAAUUGGAUUCUAUCCCUGCCUCUCCCACAGAGUUCCUAUGAGUGUUGGGCAAGUCACUUAAACCAAAGUUUUCACAGGUGGUCUGUAAGCAUGCUCCUUAUUUUCAGGGUGCUCAACAUGAGAGCCUGGGGCUUAAUUUGCAUUAGUGCUGAGCACUCCCUGUUGCAACUGACGUCAAUGGGAGCUGUGCUUUGAACAUCUAAAGUGCUAUAUAAUGGUAAGUACGUUGAAAAAUCAUGUACCAGGUGUCUAAAGUUGGGCACUUAAAACUAGUGGAUACUUUUGCCCUGUGUCUCAGCUCUGCAGGAGUCUUGUGAAGAAAAGUGAAUGUUUGCACAACAGCUACUGUCGUGCUGAGCAUCAUAGAAAAGUCUAUGAGAAAAUUAAUAAUUCAGUCUUCAGAGCAGGGUUUGAAUGAUGUGCAGUGAACAAGGCCUGGGGCGACACAUUGAACAACAAGGAUAAAACAAAAUAUUGAGUAACAGCUGAUCCAGUGAGUACUGUCCAUCAUGUGCACUGAAUGAGGCAGAGGUUCUAUGGAAAAAAUGGCAGGAGAUUGUGUAAUUAAGGACUGUGCAUUGGCACAAGGGGGCCAAAUUAAGAAUAUUCAGACAACCUUCAUUUUGGCAUUUCCUAACUUUUGGGUGCUUGACUUUGCAACCUUGACAGUGUUCUUUUAACAUAGAUUUUGUGUGCAGUGUACAGAGGGUUUGUGAGUAGAGAUUUGACAGUUACAUUAAUACUUGGUAUUUCUAGAACACUUAACUUGUUCAAAAUGUUUUACACCCAUGAACUAAUUAAUCCUCACAGCCUCUCAUCUACACUAAGUAGAUGAAUGUUGUUAUCCCGCUUUGCGAAUUGGGAAACUGAGGUACAAGUGAACUCAGUUGCUCAAGGCCACCCAGCUGGUGAAUGGCAGAGCGGGGACUAGAACUGCAUUUCUUGAGUACCUCAUCCAGUAGCCCGCAUUGACUUCUGGCAUGUAUAGUUAUCAAUACAGAUGUCAGUUUUAUAUUUUUAAUCAUGGCUCAAUCACUAGGCAUUUGGGAAGUGAAUGUGCUUUUACCAUCGGCUUGAAGUAAAAUGGUGCUUAAUUUUAAAAAAGUAACUCUCAGUGCAGCUUCUCAAGGCUGGGCCCGAGGGGUUGGCCUGUGUGGGAGCUUUGGGGCUUUACCUUUGUGAAAGCUUUUACUUUUCUUUACUAUAAAGAAAAGUAAAAGAAGCACCUCUGUAAAAUCAGUAUGGAAGGUAAUUUAUAGGGUAAUCAGAUUCAAAACACAGAUGAUUUCCCAUCUAGGCAAAACUUUAAAGUUACAAAAACAGCGA